AUGGUGGUGGAACAGAGAAUAGAGCUGAGGAACAUGGAAGCCAGACUGGCAGAGGACCAGGCAGAGGAGCAACAACUUGAGCUUAGGCUGACCAAGAAGGAUGUGGAGGAGCUGAAGACAGGAAAUGCAGCCCAAGCUGCUGAACUGUCAGCCAUGGAGGUCAGAGUGACAGCCAGUGAGAAGGAGAUGGAGGAGCAGAAAAAGGAAGUGAGUGUCACUAAGACUGAACUGCAGCUCCAAAAGAACAAGGUGGAGGAACUGGAGAGUGGGAACACAGCCCUGAAAGCCAGAGUGACAGCUAGUGAGAGUGGGAACAUAGCCUUGAAAGCCAGAGUGACAGCUAGUGAGAGUGGGAACAGCCUUGAAAGCCAGAGUGACAGCUAGUGAGGGUGGGAACACAGCCUUGAAAGCCAGAGUGACAGCUAGUGAGAGUGGGAACACAGCCUUGAAAGCCAGAGUGACAGUGAGUGAGGGGUAACACAGCCCUGAAAGCCAGAGUGACAGCUAGUGAGAGUGGGAACACAGCCUUGAAAGCCAAAGUGACAGGUAGUGAGAGUGGAAACACAGCCUUGAAACCCAGUGACAGGUAGUGAGAGGGGGAACACAGCCUUGAAAGCCAGAGUGACAGCUAGUGAGAGUGGGAACAUAGCCUUGAAAGCCAGAGUGACAGCUAGUGAGAGUGGGAACACAGCCUUGAAACCCAGUGACAGGUAGUGAGAGUGGGAACACAGCCUUGAAAGCCAGAGUGACAGCUCGUGAGAGUGGGAACAUAGCCUUGAAAGCCAGAGUGACAGCUAGUGAGAGUGGGAACAUAGCCUUGAAAACCAGAGUGACAGCUAGUGAGAGUGGGAACAUAGCCUUGAAAGCCAGAGUGACAGCUAGUGAGAGUGGGAACAUAGCCUUGAAAACUAGAGUGACAGCUAGUGAGAGCGGGAACAUAGCCUUGGAGGUCAGAGUCACAGUCAGUGAGAGGGAGGUGGGGGAGCUAAAGACUGAGAGCGCAGCCAGACCAAAGGUGGCCUUCUCUGCUAGUUGGGCUAAUUUAGGACAAGUAGGACUAUUCAAUACUGAAUAUUGGUCUACAGUAGAGUCUUCAACACUGGCAUGGCCUACAACCCAACUACAGGUAUCUUCACAGCACCAGUGAAAGGAGUAUACUACUUCAGAUGUACAGCCCAUGAUUACCACACUGUACGUUAUAUGACUGAUUUCCUCCACCACCAUAACCAGAAAGCUAUGGAUAAUUCUAUAUAUGUUUAUAAUGGAAAGGAUGCGCAUGUGUCUAAUGCAUUGUCUUCAGAGCUGGAGGAGGGGAGUUUGUGGUCUACAUGCGUCUUCCCAAAGGCCAUGGAAUCCAUUGUAAUGAUUCCCAAACCACAUUCAGCGGCUUCCUACUCUUCCCUAUGUGAGGGGAGCACCAUACUGUACUGCUGCAAUGAACUGCUGUAACAAAAAGCUUUCUGAUGUGAGCAGUUCUGGGGUUAAGAUGUUCCUUUAUAAUCACUAAAAAGCCAUUUAAAAAUAACAUUAUUGGUUGUGUUAUUUUUUUGAAGGGUGAAUGUCUUCAGAGCAUUGAGUCGAUUGAUUUCCCCUUGUCUUUAUUGCAACUUCCAUACAUUUUUACCACAUUCAGUUGGAUAUAGCCACUGGAUACAGACUUAAUCAUGGUGAUUUUGAAGCGGAAUGCUUCUGCAGCUGUGAUGAUGAUGUAGGGUCCUUAGGCUCGUGAAUGAUAGUACUGCGAGUCUUAGGAGACAUGAGCCCUAUGUCAUUGUCCUGUACUGGGGCUACAGCAGAUAGACGACACACACACACACACAGACGCACACACACACACACACACACAGACAUCAGAAGCUGCUACUUACUGUCUGUAAUAGUGAGUCACUCACAGUUUAAUCAGGGUGUGCAUGGCUGAGCUCCCUGCAUGGUAAGCUCAAACAAAUAACAUUGUUCUUUGUUUACUAUAAAACAAAUAUUACCACUGACAGUUAACACUGAAUAUGUACUUAGAUGACACAUUCAAUUCAGUCAAAACAAUGACUCCAGCUUCAAAACCACACAUUUCCGUAUUUACCCACUGGCCACAAACUGGUUGAAUCAACGUUGUUUCAAUGUCAUUUGUCAACAUAUUGUGAUGAGGAAUGUACGUGGGAAAUACAUUGGAUUUGAAAAAAGUCAACUGUUGUUUUGAGGGUGAAAUUCCAACCACAGGAUUAUGUCAUCAUGGUAACCAAAUUUCAACAUAGACAAACCUUGCAUAAAAUAUGGUGAAUUUGUAACUUUAAAACAACAUCAGAUCUUCAACAUUAUAUCCACUAUCAGAAAACAAGCAAUAGGCUGGGUAGGACCUCCUACUGGAGAAUUGAUCUAUCUACAGCACCCAUUUGGUCUCCCAUUCAGGAUUUUAACCAAGCCCAGCCCUGCUUAGCUAUGAUAGUUUUCACAGACUAUUACCAACAUGCUAUCUUGAGAGUGAUUGUUGUGAGAUCCCCACUUAAAACUAAAUAGAUUCACUGUUCCUAUAAAAGUCAUUCCAAAGGGUAGGUUUAAGAGUGCAAAUGAAAUGUAACCAUACUUUAUCACUCAUAUAUCAUCAAUGAUACUAUUUAGGCCGAUAUAGCAUUUGGAAAGUCUGGCUUUAUUUCCAGUUCGUCUACAAAUAAAUAAUUAAUAUGUUGGAUUCACAUCUCCAUCUCAACCAAAAAAGUUAAAGAAUAGGACUAAAGGAAAAAUAGGACUAAAUCAAAUCAAACUUUAUUUAAAGCGCAUUUAAAGUUUAAUUUGAUUUAGUCCUAUUUUUGUCUUAGAUUUUUAGUUGAAUUGGAGACGUGAAUCCAACAUAAAUUAUUCAUUUGUAGACGAACUGGAAUUAGAGCCAGACUAAGUCAGUGGCUCAGAUGGAACUAUCCAAGCAGUAGAUACACCUCCUUGAAAUGUUGAUAUUUGGUUGUGUUGUCAACCAAACAUAGUUUGUAUUACAAAAGUAAUAUUUAAUUAUCUUACAAACUAUUGCAACGUUCAACCUUAAAAUGAAUAGCACAUCCAUGGCCAUAUUUUGAGGUUACUGUAACUAUAAAUAUAUUCUUAUCAUAUAAAGCUUGCACCAUGUACUUUUAAUGUUAUCUCAACUGCAAUCCAGGUCAUUUGGUUCUGCUAUUAGAUAAAGCACAGUGAUAACACAUGAAUCUGUUGUAUAAAUAAACAAAAUAUCUGAUGUAUUCCCAUUUGAACUUUGCUGUGCUUUUAAAAGGUUGAAAGCGUAGUGAUAGACAUUUGGGUGACAACUAACCCAAAAUCAGACAUUGUUUUUCCACUGGAAUUUGGGUGUGCUUUUAGAUGGUUGAAAGCAUAGUGAGAACACAUUGGAAAUGUAUCUAACUUUUAUCUAAAUUCAUCUAACUCUAACAUAUUUUGAGUGGGUGAAUAUAGGUUGUAAUCUCGUUGAUCAACGUCUCAACCAAAUAUUACCCAAUUAUCCACGUUGAAAUGACAUAGUGUGCCCAGUGGGUAUUCAGUGUGGGGUUAUAUUUGAUAUAUCUCUUUCUCGUUGUCUUGCUAUAUAUUACAGACUGUCAUGGCUUUGCUUUGCAGUGUCCCUGCAGUGCAGUGCCUGCCUGCCUCCCCUCAUCUGGGUUCCAUUGUGUGGGUGUGCACAGAGCUGGCUCUGAAUGGGCCUGACCAUUCAUCCUCCACACUGAAGCUCAUUAGAACUCUAUAGAAGCACAAUUGUGAGCCCCACAUUAGACACUUCCUCGCUGCUGCCACAGACACCACACAAAGUGCCAGUUUGCUGCUAAGCUAAGCGCAUUGUCUUCUGAUUCAUAGAGUCUGGCCCUCCAUUCAUGAUAUUAAGUUCGAGUGGUGGAAUAUCAAUUGAGUGUGUAAUGGCCCGGUAUCUUUUUAAGAGGCCAGGGACAGAAAGGAGCUCGGCUGGUCUGCACAGUGCUGGAUCUCAACAGGACCAUUGUGGAGCUCUGA